UAACGUCUACGCGUUUAGAGGGAGGCAACAACAAUGCUGGGAGGAUGUCCGUUUAACUAUGCUCUCACCUCCAUUAUCUCUCUCCUCUUUCAUAACUCUCUCUCAUCCUUCUUUCUUCUCCAAAUCUCUCCGAUUUCAUCGCUAGAAUUCUCCACCGAUUCUUAAGAUCGAGAAGAAACGAUGACGUUCACGGAGGGACGAUCCCCCUUGUCUCUCCUCCUCCUCCUCCUUCUCUUAUCCGUCACCACUCUAAUCUCAGCCGCUGACUACACACCCACCGACAAAAUCCUCUUAAACUGCGGCGGCUCCUCCGACCUAACCGACACAGAUAACCGCACAUGGAUCCCCGAUGUCAAAUCCAAGUUCCUGUCUUCCUCCGGAGACUCCAAAACAUCCCCCGCCGCAACACAAGACCCCUCCGUCCCCACAGUCCCUUACAUGUCCGCCAGAAUCUUCAGAUCUCCCUUCACUUACUCCUUCCCGGUCGCGUCAGGUCGUAAGUUCGUGCGUCUCUACUUCUACCCCAACUCCUACGACGGCCUCAACGCAACCAACUCCCUCUUCUCCCUCUCCUCAGGGCCCUACACUCUCCUCAAGAACUUCAGCGCUGCUCAGACCUCUCAGGCGUUGAACUACGCUUACAUCAUCAAAGAGUUCGUUGUCAACGUCGAGGGUGGGACCUUGAACAUGACCUUCACACCAGAGUCAACGCCUUCUAACGCCUACGCCUUCGUCAACGGUAUCGAGGUGACUUCGAUGCCUGAUAUCUACAGUAGCACCGACGGGACGCUGACUGUUGUAGGGACUUCUGGUGGCGUCACGAUCGAUAACACCACCGCUCUCGAGAACGUCUACAGGCUCAACGUCGGCGGGAACGACAUCUCUCCUUCUGCUGACACCGGUUUGUUUAGGUCUUGGCACGAUGAUCAGGAUUACAUCUUCGCCGCGAGUCUCGGUAUCCCCGAGACAGCUGAUCCCAACAUGACGAUCCAGUACCCUACCGGUACGCCUUCUUAUAUCGCUCCUGCUGACGUGUACUCCACGGCUAGGUCCAUGGGCCCAACGGCUCAGGUCAAUCUCAACUACAAUUUGACCUGGGUGUUCAGCGUUGACUCUGGGUUUAGCUACCUCGUCAGGCUUCACUUCUGCGAGGUUUCCGCCAACAUCAACAAGAUUAACCAGAGAGUGUUCGCGAUCUAUCUCAACAAUCAGACGGCUGAGCCUGCGGCUGACGUGGCGGGAUGGACAGGUGGCAACGGGAUCGCGUUGCAUAAGGACUACGUUGUGAUCCCCCCUGAAGGGAAAGGGCAGCAGGAUCUCUGGCUUGCGCUUCAUCCUAACCCAAUCACCAAGCCGCAGUACUACGAUUCGAUUCUCAACGGUGUUGAGAUCUUCAAGAUGAAUAGCUCUGACGGUAACCUCGCUGGUACUAACCCUCUGCCUGGCCCCAAGGUGACUGCUGAUCCGUCCAAAGUCUUGCAACAGCGUACUAGUCAUACCAAGAGCCAUACGGCUGUUGUGGCGGGUGCAGCUAGUGGCGCUGUAGUGCUGGGGCUUAUUGUUGGAUUUUUUGCAAUGGCUGCGUACCGGAGACGGAAGAGCGGUGAGUACCAGCCUGCGAGUGAUGCUACGUCGGGCUGGCUUCCGCUGUCUUUGUACGGAAACUCGCAUUCCGCUGGCUCCGGGAAGACUAACACUACAGGGAGCUACGCGUCGUCUCUUCCGUCGAAUCUUUGCCGUCACUUCUCCUUUGCUGAGAUCAAAGCCGCUACCAAGAACUUCGACGAGUCUAGAGUCCUCGGCGUCGGUGGUUUUGGGAAAGUUUACAGAGGAGAAAUCGACGGAGGGACCACGAAGGUGGCCAUCAAGAGAGGCAACCCGAUGUCGGAGCAAGGAGUCCACGAGUUCCAGACCGAGAUCGAGAUGCUCUCGAAGCUUAGACACCGGCACCUCGUGUCGUUGAUAGGUUACUGCGAAGAGAAUUGCGAGAUGAUUCUGGUGUAUGACUACAUGGCUCACGGGACGAUGAGGGAGCAUCUAUACAAGACUCAGAACGCUCCUCUUUCUUGGAAGCAGCGUCUUGAGAUUUGCAUCGGUGCGGCUAGAGGUUUGCAUUAUCUACACACUGGUGCGAAGCACACCAUCAUCCACAGAGAUGUGAAGACGACUAACAUUUUGCUUGAUGAGAAAUGGGUGGCUAAGGUCUCUGACUUCGGUCUGUCGAAGACUGGUCCUGCACUUGACCACACGCACGUGAGCACGGUCGUGAAAGGAAGUUUCGGUUAUCUUGACCCAGAGUACUUUAGACGGCAGCAACUGACUGAUAAGUCCGAUGUCUACUCCUUUGGAGUUGUUCUCUUCGAAGCUCUUUGUGCAAGACCUGCCUUGAACCCCACGCUAGCUAAAGAGCAAGUGAGCUUAGCUGAGUGGGCACCAUACUGCUACAAGAAGGGCAUGCUUGAUCAGAUCGUUGAUCCUCAUCUCAAGGGCAAGAUCACACCUGAGUGCUUUAAGAAGUUUGCUGAGACCGCGAUGAAGUGUGUGCUAGACCAGGGCAUUGAGAGACCGUCGAUGGGAGAUGUUCUGUGGAACUUGGAGUUCGCGUUGCAGCUUCAGGAAAGCGCUGAGGAGAGCGGGAAGGGGAUAUGCAGUGAGAUGGACAUGGAUGAGAUUAAGUAUGAUGAUGGUAACUGUAAAGGGAAGAACAAUGACAAAGGCUCUGAUGUGUAUGAAGGGAACGUGACUGACUCGAGGAGCAGCGGAAUAGACAUGAGCAUUGGUGGUCGGAGUUUGGCUAGCGAUGAUUCAGAUGGGCUCACUCCAAGUGCUGUGUUUUCUCAGAUCAUGAACCCUAAGGGACGUUAGAGAGAAGAGUCUUAAAAACCCGGUACAGUACAAUCUUUUCUAAACCGGCUUUAUCCAAAAUGAUUCUGGUUCGUUUCUCUUUCUCUUUGCUACUUAUUUGCUAUUGGUCUCUUUACUGUUAUUUAUUUGUGUAUUUGAUACUACGUACCACAAUCAUAAAAGAGUGUAAAAAUUAAUGUGUUUUGUUUUUGCUUUUACAAAACAUGAAACAUAUGAUUUGCGUCAAUGUACUAUUUGGGUUUGUUCUCUACAACGCUUUUGUAGUGAAAGCAACACGUAAGAAACCAUUUACUUGUA